GUUCCCCUACAAAGGUUGGAACACAUUUGACACACAUCGUUUUUGAGCUCCUUGAAAUUCUAAUUCAAGCUGAGAGGAAUCAGUUUUCAAGUAAUCAGUAGACACAUCCAAUUUUUUAACACGUUUUUUCACCUCUACAAUAUCCUAGAAGUUUUCUACUAUAUCACCUCCCACUCACUGUUCAGUUGUGUGCAUAGAAUUAUAAGUGUGAAGCGGAGAACGCAGGAGCCAUAUUCCUAUUGAAAUGACUUAUUACUGGGUUUUCUUGUUGCUCACAUUAAUCCAGCUGAGUACAUCCAAUGGCGUAACUAACUGCAGUUUCAGUGAUUUGGUACAAUACCUGAAUAAUGGCACAACUUUCCCAAGCUCCAAUGUUCGACCUGUUCUAAAAUGGAGCACUCCAACUUUAGUGGAAAUUGAUGUUACCUUGUACACUGUUGUCAGCUUAGACACAACCCUUCAAUCUUUAACCACAUAUGUAUGGUUUUCUAUGAAAUGGCAAAAUGAGUUUAUAGACUGGGAACCAGAUAACUUUUGCGGCAUUAAAAGAGUCUCAGUUACUGCUUCAAACCUUUGGAUUCCAGAUUUUUACAUCUAUGAAAUGACAGAGGCAGAGGACACGCCUCCAGUGAUUCCAUACUACUUGAUCUAUAACAAUGGUGACAUCAUCAACUCAAAGCCAAUACGGAUUGUCAGUACCUGUACUCUGGAUGUUUAUAAAUUCCCAUUUGACACACAGACAUGUUACUUGACUUUUGGACCCUAUAUACACACUGUCAAAGACAUCAUUAUGGUACCAAAACUGAACUCUUCUCAAGUUAAAGAAAACUCACUCAAAAUGUUUAUGGGCAAAGGAGACUGGACCUUGAUAGACAUCAGUGUGACCAACAAAACAGCUUGGGAUAAAGUUGACCUUGCAUUCAGCAAAGUGGCCUACAAGAUAGUUUUAAAAAGAGCACCUGUUCCCUAUGUCAUUAACUUCAUUGUUCCAGCGUGCUUCUUGGUUAUCUUGGACAUGUUCAGUAUGUUCAUUCAGAUGGAGACUGGAGAGAGACUCGGCUUCAAAAUUACCGUGAUUUUGGGGUUCUCUGUGCUUCUGCUCCUUAUGAGCGACAUGCAACCAUCUUCAGACAAUACACCUAUUAUAGGUACAUUUUGCUGUGUAUGUCUCAUUAUCAUGGUUAUGAGCAUAUUAGGUUGCAUUGGCACUUCUUACAUGUUGAUGCUCUCUGCAACUAAACCGAAUGUCCCUCCAUGGAUAAAGAUCUGGGUUAUGGAACAUCUAGCCCGUGUCCUGUGCUUCAAGACAAAGUUCAUAAAACAAGGGAUCCCAAUCAAUGACGCUGGAAGCGAUGACACAAAUGGCAAGGCAGCAAACGAAAACAUAGCUGCUCGGGGAAAUGAAGAGAAUGAAGAAACACUACAAGUGAAACUCUUAAAAAGACUGCUUCUUGAAAUUUUGAGAAUACAUAAAGAACUCAUACUGUCUAAAGACGAAAAUGAAGCCAAAUCGGAGUGGCAUAUCGUGGCCACAGUGGUGGACAGGCUUGUCCUCAUUCUUUAUCUCAUUAUUGUCACAGUCAUGUUUGUAGUUGUUAUCAGCGUCUGGGUAACAUAAACCACAAAUAAAUCAUGAAGCACUUGGAGGACA